AUGUCGAACGGAGCACUUCGGGUUUCAAAAUUCGAGUUCGAGUCGGUAGGUAUCCGUUUUUGAGAGUAGUACUGCGAGAAGGCGCCUGGUGCAGCAAUGAGAGAAGUGGCCAUUAGCUCUGGUGGGACCAUAGAUCCCGCUCCUGCUGCGAGUUCUGCUGGGGCAUCCUCACCGGCUGUUCAAACAAAUGUUGGCAGUGUAGAUUGGUCUGGUCCUGGUCAGAAUUCCAAAGCAGCUUCUCAGUCUUGUGUUGGAUCGCAAGCUCCACGGAUUUCAGUAAGUACUAGUGCUGGUGGCUCUGCCCUUGGAUCAUCAAGAACUUCAUGUCGACCAUGGGAAAGAGGGGAUCUUCUCAGGCGCUUGGCUACAUUUAAGCCUAUGAAUUGGUUGGGGAAACCCAAGGUUGCCAGCUCAUUGGGUUGUGCUAAGAGAGGUUGGAUAAAUAUAGAUGUUGAUAAAAUUGAAUGUGAAACUUGUGGGACAAGCCUGCAUUUUGCAUCCUCCCCAUCCUGGACUCCUUCUGAAGUUGAAGAUGCUGGUGACGCCUUUUCCAAGCAGUUGGAUGUUGGUCACAAAGUUGCUUGUCCUUGGAGAGGAAACAUCUGUCCAGAAAGCCUGGUCCAAUUCCCUCCAACACCCCAGUCUGCCCUAAUUGCAGGAUACAAGGAUAGAUGUGAUGGACUUAUGCAGUUUCAGUCUCUUCCCAUAAUAGCUGAGUCCGCAUUGGAGAAUAUGCAAGCUUCUCGGGGUCCACAGGUCGAUCACCUUCUGUCCCUAUUGCAGAAUUAUAUGGCAGAGUUUGAAUCCAGAUCAGAGAGCGUACCAGAACUUGAUACUACUCGAGAUGGUGCAUUUUGUCUGUACUCUCAUUCUCAGAAGCUCAUAAGCUUGUGUGGAUGGGAACCAAGAUGGCUUCUAAAUGUUCAAGACUGUGAGGAACAUUCUGUUCAAUCAGCUAGAAAUGGAUGUUCUUUUGGCGCUAACAGAACACAAGUCCCUCUUUCACAGGAUCCUGGACCUAGCAAAAAUGCUCUUGCUCCUUCUGCCAAGGACACGGGGAAAAAUAAGUUAUUAGUCGUGGAGUCUAGAUCUUCAUUCAGGCUGCCCUUGUUAGACUGUAGCUUAUGUGGUGCUACUGUCAGGAUAUUGGAUUUUUUAACUGUUCCUCGACCUGCUCGUGUUGCUCCCAACAACAUUGAUAUUCCUGGUACAACCAAGAAAAUGGGAUUGACACGCGGAUUAAGUGCAGCCAGUGGAAUUAGUGGUUGGGGUGCUGCUGAUGAUCCAGGGAAAGAACAGACUGAAGACCGUGAUGAAGUAGGAACAACUGAUGAGAGAAAAUUGGUGCAAAAAGCAGAUGUUGAUUUGAACCUUACAAUGGCUGGGGGUCUGUCUUUCAAUAUGUUGGGUAGAACCACAACAUCCAGAAAUAGGAAUGAUGCAGACAUGGGUCGGGAUCUAAUUAUUAGGCAACCAUCAGGUAGUGAGGUUGGUGAUCGUGCAGCUUCUUAUGAAUCACGGGGUCCCACUUCUCGCAAGCGAACCUUGGAAGUAGGUGCCAGUUCAGAUGAUAGGCCACAGCUAUGUCCACAACAGGCUGAUAGUGUUGAAGAAACUGUCAUUGAUCGUGAUGGUGAGAAAUUCAAUGAUUGCAAGCAAUAUUCUGCCGGGCCUUCAAAACGUGCUCGUGAUUCAGAUGCUUUUGAUACUUUCUGCUCACCAUAUCCAAGAGACUCGUCUGAUGCAGGCCCAAGCCGUUCGGUGGAUUUUGAAGCUUAUGGAGAUGGUGGUAAUAGAGUUGCUCUGUUUAGGCAAGGAAGUAACAAGAUUAUUGAAAUCCCAUCAGCCAGAGAUUCAAUGCGCGCAUCCUCUGUCAUUGCAAUGGAUACUUUGUGUCACAGUGCUGAUGGUGACUCUAUGGAAAGUGUUGAAAAUUAUCGUGGGGAUGUUGAUGAUAUUCAUUUUCCCUCUUCUAGCACAUAUGGCCACCUUGACAUGAAUGAAACAUCAGAGUUGAAUUACAGUAAUCAAGCUCAGCAGAGUAUUUAUUUCCAACCAGCUGCUGAAGAAAUUCCAGGUGAAAUGGGCAUCAGUAGCACAAAUGACGGUGAGGAAAUUUUUAAUGCUGAAACUGUGACAGUACAGGCUAGGGAUGGGUUUAGUUUUGGAAUUAGUGGGGGGAGUGUUGGUAUGUGUGCCAGCCAUGAAGCUGAAAUCCAUGGAGCAGAUGUCUCUGUGCAUAGAACAGAUAGUGUAGUUAGCGACGUAGAACCCAGAAUGGAAGAUGCUGAAAAUCAGGGUCAAACUGGAGAAUCUGCUCCAGAUCCUGGGUUGAUGGAUGAGGUUGUCCCUGGUGAAAUAAAUAGGGAGGAUCCUCAUGGUGAUAGCCAGGAAAUGUUGUCUCGCUCCUUGGGAAGGGAUGACAAUGGUUCAAAAGUUGAUGGUUCUGCUAAGGCAGAGUCUGUUGAAAGUGGUGAAAAGAUAAGCCAAAGCUGCAAAGUAGUCCCCGAUAACUUUGUUCAUCCGUCUCUUUCCUGCAAUGCUAAUAUGUACUCUGGUAAUGAAACACCCAAGAGAGAGGCCAAAGAUGCUGGAAAAUCAUCUUCCAUAAACAAUUGUCCAGAGCCGGAGUUGGAUUAUGCUGUUGCAAAUGGAAUAGGCCCACCAAAAGGAGAAAGCAAUUAUGAAGAAACUGUAGAAUUUGAUCCAAUUAUUCAUCACAACCAAUUCUGUCCAUGGGUGAAUGGAACUGUUGCUGCUGCUGGUUGUAGUAGCUCCAGUGCUGAUGUCGUUGCACUUUGUGGGUGGCAGCUGACCUUGGAUGCUCUGGAUGCCCUGCGGUCACAGGGGCAUAUUCCCGUGCAGACAGGACAAUCUGAAUCUGCUGCAUCAUUGCAUAAGGAUGAUCACCAAACUCCUGGUAAAAAGCUCCAUCGACGGCAUCCUACGAACAAAAAUCACAGGCAGUAACAUGAAGUGUAAAGACACCUGCAAUGGCUAUAGAACAAGAAAUUUGGACAAACCUUGUACUGCAAACAUGAUUGUCUUCCACUACCCCCUGGGGAAGUGCUGAUGUAGAGCGUGGAAUAAGGCAUUUUCAACGGUUGGAGCUGGCACCAUCCCUAGGGGAACUUCUGUCAUUUCUUACUUUCCCUUCUUAUCUCAUGAUCAAGUAUUUUGUGUCAAUACUUGCUGCAUAGAUGAUCUAUAUUUUUGUCUUUAAGCUGGUUCUUCUCAACAUUAUGAAUAUUUAUUAUUAUGUGACAGUGAACAUUGCUGUCAAGUAAAAUCCCUUUUUUCUUAA